AUGUUGGCGCCUUUGAAAUUUAAAAAUGACCAAAAAAGCUGGAAGCUUUCUCAAAAGAAUACUCUUCUAAAUUAUAUUGGAGGAGGGGUGAACGAUCAUCACACACAUCAACCAGCAAUUAAAAAGAAGAACAAUGAUGUCAUGAUUGUAGAUGAUGAUCCGAUUGAAGUAUCGGAGGAAGAAGAUGAAACAAUGAAAUUAUUAUUGCAGGAUGAUGUCAGCUCAAAGAAUGAUACUGGAUCCAGCACAACAACACGAACAUUCUUUUUCACACCACCAACUCCCAAGUUCCCAGUCAUACCGAAUAAUACGCUAGGUUCAUUAGCUUUUACUCCUAAAAACAAACAAUGCGUGUAUCCUUUCAAUCAUCUCUAUGAACAUGAUACAUGUUAUCAACAUGCACUUCGAUAUAAUCAACCUCCAGUUCCACUGCAGUUGUUUUAUCACAAAAUUUCGAGAGUUCCAUUCUCUCAUCAUGUCAAACAAUCCUAUCAAAGAAAGGAAAUUUCCAAAUGGUUUAGCUCAAAACCAGAACAAUUAAUGGAAUUAACCUACAUGUCAGAUAUGAGGAAGGCUGCAAGUCCAUCAUAUGGAUGUGAAGUAUGCAUGGAACACAAUUUUGGAGAUCAAAUUACGUGUGUCAUGUUUAAUCCAUAUGUACAGAACAUGCUUGCAGUUUCGAGUACCAAUACUUCUGCUGGCUCAGUAUAUUUAUUUGACUAUUCUUCACAAAAAAUUGUUCAAAAGCUUAUGGGAGAAAAUGUUGUGGAUUUUAAAUUCUUAAGUUCAGAUACAUUAGUUGCUUCAAGGAAAAAUGGUCGAAUAACAUUACUGGAUUUGAGGCUUCCCAAAAAAGACAAACAGAACAAAUCCUCUAAAUCGACGAAUCUUCCUGAGCAGCCAGUAACACAACCAAAGUCACCUCAUUGUCCAUCUCCCAAUGCCAUUUCCAACAACAAGACAUUUGGUGGAUUGGUGGCCAAGAGUAAGAAGUCAAAAUCCAACAAAACACUUUUCAAACCAUCCAUCUCUAGUCUUUCCAUGAUCUCUGCAGAGUCUUUUAACAAUGUUACGUUCUGUAAGAAUGAUCCAAACUUUAUACUUGCGUCAUCAUUUCAUGACUCUUUAAUUCGAUUUUUUGAUAUUCGACAUGGACUUUUAGAUCAUUUUCAAACUGUAGAUAUGGAGGCUGCAAUUAAGGACCUCCACACACAACUCAAUGGACAAAUAUUUGAAACUUCUCUGGAGACUCCAUCUCAACAACCAAGCCAUAGCUCCUCUACCAAUACGUCCAACAAUUCCACAUCAUUCAUUACUGAAAAUGGCAUUGUAUUACAGGAAUUGACACGACUAGACAGAAGAGCUCCAUUAACGCUUUAUAGUCAAUCGACACCAACGAUUACUAGUGAAGGUAUCAAAUAUUUCGAUUGCACAUUCGAUGGUAAAUUUAUUUAUUUCAUUACGACUAUGGGAGGGGUUGGUCUGUAUGACGUUGCAGGAAAAUCACUCACGAAAUACUUUCAAAACAAAGCUUCAUUUAAGCUUGACGUAUUCAACCAAAAAGGACAUUUAUUGGAAAAUGAAAACGGAAUGUAUUUCUUUGCUCCUUAUGGCUCUAGGGUGGAGGUAUUGGAUUGGAGUAGGCCUCAUGUGAAGCAAUGGUUCACUGUUGAUAAUCAGAAAAUCAGAUCCAAUUCCACCAAGCCAGAGUUGUACAUGAACAUUUCUCAUGCUUGCAAACCAGACCGUAAGCACAACAUUGCGCAUGUUCGGGUCAUGAAACCAAACACUCCUCAGCGAAAAGUAGUGUGCUCAGAGUAUGACAAUAGACUUGUUGUGUUUAAUAAUUUAAAACAAUAA